UCUACGAUAGCUGUGAUGAAGGAGACACCACGCGUCGCGUGCCGGGUUUACGUGCGCGGUACCGAAUCUGUGCACGUAAUACGCUCGGAGAUAAAGCUUUUUCCUAUGGGGGCCCACUGGCCCAUCCUUCAUAAGGUGUCUCUUUCGUAGUGGUACUUCACUGGACUUUUUUUUGUCAAGGGAUAGUCUGUACCCGUACGAUCAUUUAUUUCUAGGAAAUUUCAAACAAGGCCCAUCCGGCGGCUGCAGCAGCAAAAACAGUCUUACGGCAAAGCUAGGGAAUGGAUUUCUGGACUUCAAGUCGGAAGAGCUUUCACGAAGUUUUAUUUUUCAGUAUUUGGAGUUACAACUUCAACAACAAUCUUAUCAGGGGCGACGAAAGCUAGAACUAGCGGGCCACAUUUUUAGAUCGGAUGAAAUGACCAUACCAGAAUCGAGACAUAGCAUCGGAAUUUCCUCAUAUUUCUCUAAUCCGGAAAAGUUGUCAAUAGGAAUAACGCAACUCGGAUCGACAGCAUUGGGAGCUCCGGCUGAGAAAUUUGCAUGUUGGCAGGAUUGAGUGAUCCAUCCGGAGAAAUUGGAAGGAAAAUAUUCAAAAGAAGAGUGUCACCGAGGUGUAAUUUCAGACUCAUCUGAAAACAAUACACUCGUUUUUCCCGCCCGGAAAACACGUUCUGUCAGUCGUGCGUGUCAUCAAGGCGGUGAGGGUUGAGCAAGGGCGCAUGCGCGCGUCUCAGCGGCAAUCUGUGUCCGUUCACAUUAAGAGCAUCUGCGUUGGUGGGACGAAGUCCCUGGUGUCGGUUGAUCUAGUUGACAAUCUUAUAGUCAUUGGGUUGGGAUCCGCGGGGAAUUGCUUGUAGCCUGUCCUAGCUAAACCGACGAGGACUCUUAUGUGUAUUGCUGAGCUUUUUCGCGCGUCGCCGAAGAGACACAACUCGCCAUUUGGCUGGUUGCGGCUGAUGCGUUUUCAAGAGGUCCCGUCGUCUCCUUGUGCUUGGGAUACAUCCCCCGAUUUUUCUCGUUUCAUCUCCACUCUUCGCCUUUUGACCGUUUUCCAUUAUUUUUCCGGUUAGCCACGCGGGGCCCGUCAAGCCUAGCGCCGUCGCUCGGACCGUGAAGGAGUUUUUUGUGCUGCCUCUCCGUGCGUCACAAACGCAAUUCAGAUGGGAUCACCAGCAGAUUACUACAUAAUCUAACUGUAGCAAGUCGCUUUGAAGUUGGUGAAAUCCUAGCUCGGUCGUGCCGAUGGCCCCGUCUCGCCCUACAGGGUGAUUUGCUAAGUAGAUGGAACCACACCGGACAUCAAUGUAAAAUGAAACCCUCUGGCACAGUCGAGUUGUGCUGAAUCCACUCUUCUCCCCUCAGUAAACUCACUUGUAAUGAGUGGAUCGCACAUCCAUCCUUGGAACACUUUUUGACAGGGUGAACAUUGUAGUCCUUACAGAUUACACUUUGACGUUGUGACUUCCUCGGAGGAGCUUUGCUCUGCCCGUCCCGCACUACAAUUAGUUUUCUUCCUAUUUUCCAUUCACGGAAUACACAAGAUCUUGGGAAAAAAUUUCUUAGAUGACAACUUUGAUAUCACUUCUUACAUUGGUUUGUAGGCUUCGGCAUUAAAGACACCUGUAGCGGCAAACUUUUUUCACUGUCAAGCCCAAGGUCUUUUUAAGAUCGUUAGAAACGAUAAAAGCGGUAUAUCUACCUCAUACACGGGCACCUGCUGUUUUUCUUUCAUUGAAACCCAGAGGAAAACACAGGCUGAGCAAGAUGGGUGGAACGGCAAGUGAUUUCAUGGAGUAUGAUGACUAUUACCCGGUUAACAUCACUUUCAGACAUAACAUGGAUCAGCGUGACCGUAUCAUCUGGAGCGUGGUGGUUUCGGCCGUCAUGAUCACAGCUGCAGGGGGUAACCUCAUCGUGAUAUGGAUCGUAGCCACCAACCCCCGAAUGCGAACCGUGACCAAUUACUUCCUGUUGAACUUGGCCGUGGCGGAUGCCCUCAUUGCUACCUUAAGCAUGCCCUUCCUCUUCAGCUACAUCGUCACUCAGAACUGGGUGAUGGGGCCUUUCAUGUGCCGCUUAGCACGCUUCGUGGGCACCGUGUCCACAGUGGCAUCUGUGCUGUCCUUGGUCGCUGUAUCCAUUGAUCGCUACCGUGCCAUCGUCCACCCGUUGUUACCCCGCCUGCCCAAAUCCUGCAUCAUCUGCAUGAUCUUCUUUAUUUGGGGCGGGGCAGCCUCCUUCGCCAGUCCACUCUUCCUUUACUCGCAUCUGGUGACUUUUGGGUACUUGAACGGACCCAUAACGCAGUGCCUCCUCAUCUGGCCGGACGGUGUGAUGAAGGAAUACGAUUUUUGGUACAAUGUAGCAACUUUCACCGUGGUAUACUGCGUUCCCUUGUCCAUACUAGCCAUGUGCUAUACGGUGAUUGGUGUGAAGCUUUGGCGAAGCGGCGUUUUGGGUGAAUACAUUCCUAGCCGCGCCAGGCACAUCAAAGCCAAAAGAAAGGUAGUUAAGAUGAUUAUUGUUGUAAUCGCUGUGUUUGCAACGUGUUGGUUGCCUCUUCACGUCUACCAGCUUUUACCCUACAUGAAUGAUGCUGCCUACCAAAGGUCCUAUUCGCUACACGUCUACUUGGCUAUCUGGACGCUGGCUAUGAGCAGCUCAAUGUACAACCCGUUUAUCUAUUGCUGGCUGAACGAGAGGUUUCGUGCAGGGUUUAAGCGUGUUUUUCGUUGCGGUGUAACGAGUCUGGACGACAACAACGGCCAACAACCGAGCGCCACUCCGAUGUCUCCCACAAGCCAACAUUUGAUGUCGUCAACCAGUAGUUAUCAGCGCGCCGCCAACGGUAAGCAGAUGUUAGCUGCCAAGAAUAGUCUGGUGACUGCAAGUGUGGUCGAUUCAAUGGAAGACACGUGCUGAGCGCGAACCACGUGGAGUUUUUUUACUUCAAACUUGACUGUGAUAGGCUGGAAUUUUCUCAAAAUUGACUGUGAAAAACGAUCGAUCAGGAAAAUCUGGAUGCCGUCUUGAUAUUUCUUGUUUUUUGUGAUCGUGUGGUAAAGCACUUUUUUUGUGAAUAAAACCAUAUCUGGGUACAAUUUAAAUCUUAGUAUACAGCAGACUUGUUUAAUGAAAGAUUGUAAAUCUGAACUUCCCUGAGGAAGUGCAGUGUUGUGAUGACCUUUUGGAGAGAGGUUUUAGGCCUCUUGAUUGAAAUAGAUCCGUUCACAUUACAGUGUGCUACAAAAUGUUUUCCUCGAACUGGCUAUUUUCUUCCAACCUAGCAGUCGACAUCUUGUAAACUUUAUAAUGCAAUUGGAGAUCCAGCCUUUAAUGUUACUCGAAGUAAAAUUUUCAUAUUGUUCUCUGUUGAAUUUGCCCAAAUCCAAAAUAUCAUUACUCGUGUAAUUCUCCCGCAAUGAACUGUAAAAAGGGCCUGUAUACGGUAAGCUGGUUGCGCACUUCUGGUUGCUUUGCUUUUCUUAGACUGCUCCUGACUGUGCAGGUAAAAGAUUUUAGAUAAAAGUAUACUGUAAUGAAACUUUGUUUGAGAAAAGAUACUAAGUUUUGUCAAUUACGUCUGUCUUUAAUGCGCCGUUAGUGUAAAUAAGAAGAUUGGCACAAACGUAAACCUAAGACGCCAUUCUUUAUUCCAUGUGCCACCUCGCAAUGUAAAAGGUAUGAGUGCAGAAUCACACUGAAAGUUCUGAAAAGCAUGACAAAAGAUAGCGUGAGGGGUCGUGAGUGGACGUAGACGUAACGGAUUGAGUGCAGGAAACUGUAUGAGGGCGCUGUUUGCAUUGUGAGGAAAACCAGGCUGCAGGGAAAACACACUGAUCACGUACAUGUCUUGUGUGUGCGCAAUCAGACCAAACCGUUUUUACGUUAAUAAAGCACCCGAGAGUACGUGCAGCUGAAAUAAUGGUAUAUUUUGUCUUUAUUGUAUAUAAUCAAAUUGAGCAAAAAAAUCCACACUAUGUGAAUCAGGAAACUAUAUGUGCAGAGGAUGAAAAUUCACUUGGCCCCAAGCGUAUCACGCGAACCAUAUGCCGCUUCUCCUGGAAUUCACCAAGAUGUGGCAGACUUUCGGAAUUAUAAGCUAUAAAUGUUUAAAGCUAUGCCACCAUACCACUCAGACUCUCUGCACAUUGGCAAAUGAUACUGGCGUCAAGUGACACAGUACAAAUGACUGUCCAUACUUGUAUUAAAACCUGCGUAUAACCAGAAGAGCGUCUGCUCUUAAAUUGGCCUCAGGAUUGCUGAUAUUCCAGUAAUGAACAUUCCACUGGCAGGAAGAGACCCCUACAUAAGUUCAAACGGCAGUAAUCACCAUUCAAUGCACGUAAAGGAAUGUUGAUGAGCAGUGCGACUGUUUUUAAAUCCCAAGCCAAUGCUUGUAAAACCAAUAAUGUUAGUGAAAUAGCAUCACGUGAAAUACGCCUGUUUCAUUCAACGAGAUAAUAUGAAACGCUGCGUUCAUACAGCUUAAGAGAUGAGCACGUGAGGUCAGGAGGGCAAACGCAGAUUUUGGGAAAAAACGGUGAGAACUUUAGCAGCAUGGGUUUACUAAACUUUUGAUAGAGAAACAGCUGGUGGACGAAUGGCGUUAUUAGUGAGUAUACAUGUUCUUAACUUGAUGAACAUUGGGUUUUAAAAUGGAGCACUGGGGUUUACUUGGGGUGUGGCGAGGUUGACUCGCGGUUUGAGGCAGAGUGUGUCUUGCCGUUCUUGGGUUGAUAAGUUGUACUUGACGAGGUGUAGGGUGUGUGGUUCAGUAGAGGCUCCUUAAAGUUGACUUCACUGGACAGGUCAACUUCAGACGAGUCGAGUAGGUGAGUUGCGGUUAGUUGAGAAGUUUAAAACUAGAAGGUGCAUUCGCGAGAAAGUUUAAGUAAUAGAUAGCCGUGAAGUGAUCUGAUGUGUAAAGUGUUUGAAACAAGUUAACGCGAGAGGUUCAGUGAUGUGUGGGUCUAGUAAACAAGCAAUGUGGCUUACCUUAUGGAAUGGGUGCUAUAAUUUUUUCUCUAUCUUACUGAAACACGUCCAUGGUUGUUUCAAAUUUUUCAAUUCACCUUCUUUAACUGUUCUGCCUUUUCAGUUGCAAUGACAUAGUUCCCUACUUAUUGCAGAGUUUGCCAAUUAUGGAGCAAAACUUUACGUUUUGGGGGGAUGGCAGGCUGAAACCUUAGAACUGUGACAUAAUAGUGGUGAGCAUUUCACACGAUUAUUACUGUGGAGCUCAUGUGACAUCAUUCUAUGCGUUCUGGAGCCUUUCGGUCAAGUAAUCAGCGCAGGUCUGGUAAAACCCAGGAUAUGGGUCUCAACAUUUCGUUUAUAUGUAAUCACUUCUGCGUCAAGAUGUCACGCAAAGCUGACUGUUUCAGGAUUACCACUGGAGGUAAUAGUUUAACCAUACACCAAUAACCGACACACUAUGAAAGGAAUUAAAAGCCAAGAGAUUACUUUCA